AUGGCACGUGUCCUCGUCGUGCCCUACCCAUGCCAAGGGCACGUAAACCCCAUGGUGCACUUCGCCAAGAAGCUAGCAUCCAAAGGCAUCCCCACCACCCUCGUCAUCACCCACUUCAUCGCCAAAACCGGCCGAAUCGACGCCAGCCCAGCGCGAGUCGCGGCCAUCUCCGACGGGCACGACGAGGGCGGUCUCCCGUCGGCGGCGAGCGUCGAGGAGUACCUGGAGAAGCUAGAGACCGUGGGGUCGGCGUCCCUGGCCAGGCUCAUCGAGGCACGCGCUGCUUCGGACCCCUUUACCUGCGUGGUGUACGACUCGUUCGUGCACUGGGCGCCACGGACGGCGCGCGCGAUGGGCCUGCCGUUGGCUGUUCCCUUCUCCACGCAGUCGUGCACCGCGAGCGCCGUGUACCACUACGUGAACGAAGGGAAGCUCCGCGUGCCGCUGCCUGACGUGGUUGGGGCGAGGAGCGAAGCGUUUGCCGGGGUGCCGGAGCUGGAGCGGUGGGAGUUCCCGUCGUUCUUGUUUGAAGACGGGCCGUACCCGGCGCUCACGGAGCCUGCGCUCACGCAGUUUGCGAAUCGGGGCAAGGAUGAUUGGGUGCUCUUCAACUCGUUUCAAGAGUUAGAGUGCGAGGUCUUGGCUGGGCUGGCUAGCAACUUCAAGGCCCGAGCCAUCGGCCCAUGCGUGCCACUGCCGGCGCCCGAAUCCGGCGCUGCCGGCCACUUCACCUACGGCGCCAACCUGCUGGAUCCGGAGAAGGACACCUGCAUCAGGUGGCUGGACGCCAAGCCCCCGGGCUCCGUCGCCUACGUCUCCUUCGGCAGCUUCGCGUCCCUCGGCGCCGCCCAGACGGAGGAGCUCGCGCACGGCCUCCUCGCCGCCGGCAAGCCGUUCCUCUGGGUCGUCAGGGCCAGCGAGGAGCCGCAACUGCCGCGCCGCCUCCUCCUCCCGGACCUGGACGCGGGCGCGGCGCUCGUGACGCGCUGGAGCCCGCAGCUGGACGUCCUGGCGCACCGCGCCGUGGGCUGCUUCGUGACCCACUGCGGCUGGAACUCCACGCUGGAGGCGCUCUGCUUCGGUGUGCCCAUGGUGGCGCUGCCGCUGUGGACCGACCAGCCCAUCAACGCCCGCCUCAUCGGGGGCGCCUGGGCUGCCGGCGCGCGCGCGCGCCGCGACGCGGCGUCCGGGAUGUUCCUGCGCGGCGAGAUCGAGCGGUGCGUGCGCGCCGUCAUGGGCGGUGGUGAUCACGGGGCCGCGGCGCGUCGGUGGAGCGAGGCGGCGCGCGCGGCGGUUGCCGCUGGAGGUAGCUCGGAACGGAACCUGGAGGAGUUCGUUGAGUUUGUGCGCGCUAACGCCGGCAAGGAGAAGUGGGGGCUCCCGAUCUGAGGACUGUGCAGCUUGUCCGCAGUCUCGGGCCAUUUGCAGCAAUUGAUGGAGAUAAUUGUUGACGAGGCCGGGCGGAGGACGGUCGGUCAUUCCUUAGUGCUAGUAUUGUUCUUGCAUGCUAAGAUUCAUCUGAAUAUCUGUUUGUUUCGUUAUUGUAGUACUAUUUCGAAACCAUAUGAACUCUGA